AUAUAUAAUCUGCAGCAAGAAGAUGAUGGACAGACACCAGUCGAAAGGUUCGUGUCUGGAGAUGGUAUUGACAAUGUAAGAGGGAGGGUCCUCGGUGGCACGAGCAUGAUCAAUGCCGGGGUCUACGUAAGAGCUAACACCUCGUUCUUUAAUCAAACAGGGAUUGAAUGGGACAUGGAUCUGGUUAAUAAGACAUAUGACUGGGUUGAAGACACUAUUGUGUUCAAGCCGGAUUUCCAAUUUUGGCAAAAUCUUACAGGAACUGCAUUCUUGGAGAUUGGUAUUCUUCCAGACAAUGGAUUUAGUUUGGAUCACAUUGAAGGAACUAGACUCACCGGCUCAACUUUCGACAACAACGGAACCAGACAUGCAUCUGAUGAACUGCUUAAUAAAGGAGACCCAAACAACCUGCGAGUUGCAGUUCAUGCCGCAGUAGAGAAGAUCAUCUUCUCUUCCAAUUCAUCAGGUAUGACAGCUAUAGGAGUUAUAUAUACUGAUUCGAACGGAACGACUCAUCAGGCAUUUGUACGUGGUGAGGGAGAAGUUAUAUUGAGUGCAGGGCCAAUUGGGUCCCCCCAACUUCUACUACUUAGUGGUGUUGGCCCAGAGUCUUACCUAACAUCUCUCAACAUUUCAGUUGUUGCUUCCCAUCCAUAUGUCGGGCAGUAUAUAUAUGACAAUCCUCGUAAUUUCAUUAACAUUUUGCCCCCAAAUCCAAUAGAACCCUCAACUGUGACCGUUCUAGGCAUCACAAGCGACUUCUACCAAUGUUCUCUAUCAAGCUUGCCAUUUUCUAUUGCACCCUUUAGUUUUUUUCCUAAUCCAACUUAUCCCCUGCCAAAUACGACUUUCGCUCACAUUGUUAACAAAGUUCCGGGACCAUUAUCUCAUGGUACUGUCACGUUGCAAUCAACCUCUGAUGUGCGAGUCGCUCCAAAUGUCACAUUCAACUACUAUUCGAAUUCAACGGACCUUGCUCAUUGUGUUAGCGGCAUGAAGAAGAUUGGUGAAUUCUUGAGCUCAGACGCAUUAAAACCAUAUAAAGUGGAAGAUUUGCCGGGCAUAGAUGGUUUUGAUAUUUUGGGAAUACCUUUGCCAGAGAACCAGACAGAUGAUGCAGCCUUCGAAACAUUUUGCCAAGAG